CCCGCCCGGCCCCACACGCGGCGGGGCCGGGCGCCCCGAGCUCGGGAAAAAGCGGCGGCUUUGGGGACGGCAGCGCUGGGAACCCAUAGGGAGUGUGUGGAAAAGCAGCGACUUCGUGAAAAGGCUCACUGACUGCCCGCCGCGGGGCCGUGAAAAACUGCCGGUUUCCGGCAGCUUCCUGAGAAAGCGCCUGAGGCGGCAGAGGAGACCCGGCAGGGUUUGGGACAGCGUUAAAAGAAACCCGGCAGGAUUUGGGAGAACUGCGAAAGAAACAGGGCAGGAGUUGGGACAGCGGCGAAGGAAACCCGGCGGGUGUCUGAGGAGUUGUGGAUUUGCAAAGAAAAACAGCCCAAGUUUCAAAAAGAGGGGGUUUCCAGGGAAAAAUAAAGUCAAAUUCCGAACCGCGUCGGCGAGGAGCGUUAUCCCAGCGGUUCCAUGGCUGCGCGGCGCUGGAGGGGUCUCCCCUUCGGGAAUCUCUCCGACUGCCCCAACGGCUCCCGCUGGAUCAUGGAUGUGUUCAACGAGUGUGCCCAGGACGGCUGGGAUGUCGCCAGCGUCGUCCUGGGGCUGGGCUCCAUCGGCUGCUUCAUCGCUGCAGCCUUCCCGCAGUUUUACCAGGCCUGCAGAACGGGCAUCAUGGACCAGGCUCUCUCCAUCUAUUUCCUGCUGGGGUGGCUGGGCGGAGACCUCCUCAACCUCAUCGGUUCCUUCCUGGCUGAUCAGCUGCCCCUGCAGGUGUACACAGCCAUUUACUACGUGCUGGCAGACCUGGGGAUGCUCUCCCUCUACUGCUACUACCGGGUGAAGAGCGGGGGCAGAGCGUUCCCCGCUCCCAUCAACGCAGCCUUUGUGUUCCUCUCCGUGGGGUCCCUGUCCAGCCUCUCCCUCCUGGGCAGUGCCAGCACCGAGGAUCCAGGAACCUUCAAAGGAAGGUCUCUGCUGUCAGCUCCUGGGGAUGAGCGUGGAUCAAAGCCUUUCUCCAGGACUGAAAUCAUUGGAUUUACCAUCGGCUCCAUCUCCUCCGUGCUCUACCUGUGCUCCCGAGUGCCCCAGAUCUGCACCAACUACAAGAGGAAAUCCACCAGCGGGGUCUCCUACUUCCUCUUUGCCCUGGUGAUGCUGGGGAAUUCCCUGUACGGCCUCAGUGUCCUCCUGAAGAACCCGGAGCCGGGCCAGGGCCGGGGUGACUACGUCCUGCACCACCUGCCCUGGCUCGUGGGCAGCCUGGGCGUCCUGGCCCUCGACGUGGUUAUCUCCUUCCAGUUCCUGGAGUAUCGGAAAGGACGGCCCGGAACCCUCGAGGAGAGGGAUGCGCUCCUCAGGGAGCAGGAUGAGAGCCCGGAGAGCUGACAGAGGGCCCUGCCCCGCAGGGAUUGCAGGAGGGGAAUGCACGUGAGGAAGGUGGCCUUAGGGCCGGGCAAACCGGCCCCUCCAUCCUGGUGGCUCCUGGGAGGAGAGGCCCCGAGCCCGUGGGUGACGCGUUGUGCUGCCAAGGCGGUGGCACAGGAUGCUGCUGGGACACCUCGUGCCUCUUUGAUACCAAAGAUGCUUUCAGGAUAAAAGGGAAUUUUUGGAUACCUCAGUUGCUCUUCGCUGCUCUGGUGCCCCACAGCUGAGCCCAGUCACUGCUGCGACUCCUUAGGGUGACCUGGAGCUUCCUUGGUGCUGAAAAAUGUGGGAAGAGCCUGAGUGGGGAGGGGACAGGGAUGAUGGACCUGCCACAGACAUGAGCACCACUGUGGCCUCACAACUCCCCACUCAGCUCCUUCCACCCAGGGCUGGAUCCAGUGGGGAAGGAGCAGCAGAGCCAAAGUGUUCAGUCCACACCUAUUUUAAUUAGUGUGGCUCACCCGUCUAUAAAACACGUCCUUCCCCACCUGCCUGCCUGGGUUUCAUUUUGCUGCUUUACCUGGCAGCUCCUGCCUCUUUCCUAAUGAGUCUCACAGUCCCAUUUCUCUGACUUCUCAUUUUUUGCCUCACCCAUGUUUUAAUUGCAUGGAUUCCUUGGUGAAGUUGCUCCAUUGCUGUUCCCCAGCCAAAGAGCUGCCUCUCUGCUCACUCUGGUUUUUGGUUCCUGCUGUCUCUCCUUGAUGAAUUUAUCCUCAACUUGAUGAGUUUAUCCCCAACACUGAUGAGUUUAUCCCCCUCUCAGGGCCCUGCACUCCUUGACCAGGGAAGGAUGGGAAGCAGGGGUGGUCUGGGAAAAGCUGUGUCUCCAGCAGGACAGAGCAGAGGUGUAGCCAGGCUCCCUCCCGUGUGCUGAGCUCGUCGUGCUGGGGAUGAGCAGCUCAAUCUCCCUGGGAAAACGAGGAAAAUCAACCAAAGCUUGGAGACCCUUCAGGAAGAGCUAUCACACCUUGUCCUUGUGAAAACAAGAGCUUUCAUUUUCCUGCACUUGCUAUCAGCUCUUCCUUUUGCUUCCCUUUCCCCUCUCCAGCUCCCUUCUGAUACCCAACAUCGUGUUCCUUUUGGCUUUAGCGCCCUUAUCAUUAAUUUAUGAUUCCUCAGCCAGUCCAUGACAUUUGUCCUUCCCAAGGAAGUCACUCUGCUUUGUCCUCACACCGAGGACAGCAAUCCGUGGUUACCCAGCUCAGCCUGGAUCUCACAAGAAAUGGGAUUCCGACUGCUCAGUGCCCACCAAGCUGCCACCAGCAGGUUCACUGAAACACAAGCUGGGCCAGUGCUUGGGACUGAGCUGUUUCCAGAAAGGAAAAGUAUUUUUCAGUCUCUCUGAGCCCCUUGGACCAAAUGAGUGGGUUUUUACUGGAUUAAUUCACCAUUCUGCCCCUCUAGAUUCACAGGCAAAGCAGCUGCUCACCUCACCCUGAAGGCAGCAGGAUUUCCUCUCCUGUCUUUCCCUAGGAAUUGUAGAACAAUUCAUACCCAGUACUAAUCCAAACCACGAGCAAAGCCCUCAUCUCUGCCACUCACAACCCUAAAUUACUGUCACAUACUGGCUUUUCUUAAACCUCGACAAAGAACCUGUGCCAUAAGGAGGAGAGCACACACACACACAUUUUUUUAUAUAUAUAUAUAUAUAUAUAUUUAUCCCACACACUGUGUCCCCACAGGUGUGCCCCAAGCAGGAGUUAGGUACGAAGUUGAUUGACUUUACUCAGGCAAGGCAGGAGCAGGAGGUUACACACCUGCAGCAGUCUCGGGGGUGGCUGGAAAUUCCUGAGGCUCUCCCUGAGCUUCGCCUCCCUCCAGGUCAUCACUGCAGCCCUGUCCCUGCAUUCAGGAGUUUGCAGAGGCAAAUGUUCAACCAGAAAAGGCUGAGCAGAAACAACCAGCCCUGGGGGAGAGGGUAACUGAGAACCUCAACAGGAGCCUCCCCCUCCCAGGCUCCAGAUCUCAUCUCCAGCUUCAAAAGAGGCUUGUCUUGGGGCAGAACCGUGAGACAGCAACCACAUCCCAGAGUGUUCCCUGCGGGAUCCCAGGGCACUGUCCUUUCCCAGCCUGUGUCCCACAGGAGCUCUGGUACCCUCUGCAGGCUCCGGGUGAACUCUGGCCACGUGCAGGAGUCUGGGGAGGACACAGGUCACGUUACAAGAGCACGUUAAUUAAUCAAUCAGUGUUAAUGCCAACAGCCCCCACUUGCAGAGGGCCACACAGAGGGCAAUUCCCAGAGCCAGGGGCAGGAGGAGCCCAGCAGAUCUUUAUGUGCUUCCCCAGUUUUGCCAGGAUUGGGUUUGGUACAACCAAAGCCUGGAGCAGGCAGGGAACCCAAAGCUGUGCCAGCUCCCUCUGCCCACCGAGGGCUCAGGAGGCGACGCUGGGGGAGGGUCACAGGUGACACAGGGACCAGGGCAGGAGCUUUUGGGUCAGCACCGAUGGGAGGAACCACCCAGGCCAGCACAGCCCCUCUGCGCAGGGCUGGACACACAGGUGCCCCACUUUUCAGCACGCCCAGCAGAGCUGGACUGCGCCCUCUCCCCUGAAUGCACCCCUUCCACGUCUGCUGGCUGCCUGGAGCAUGAAUCCCAGCAGCUCCGAAGGGCAGCUGGACCAUGAGUGACACGGGUCCAAGCAGCAGUGGGACAUCACACCCCCUUCCAGACAAACGCUUCUGGAUGUGGGACAAACAACAAACCCCAAGUAACCCUGCAAGGAAGGAAAGAGAAACAAGGAGGACACAACCACACACACGCUUCUUCCUGGGAUUUUUUUUGUUUUUAUUGUUUUAGUCUUUUUUUUUUCUUUUUUUUUUUUUCCAUUUUUUAGUAUGGAGGCUCAAAUAUCAGAUGUAGAUUCAAUUUAAGCUUUACAAAAAAAACAAAAAAUCAAAACAAAAACCCCUUUUGCAUUCCAUAAAAA